CCAUCUCAUGUAGAUACUGCCAUGAACAGCGACAACCUUGUCCGCUUCGCCGGACACCUCUACCGAUACAUCAGGGACCCCAUGCCUACCAACACGCACAACGACGACAUCUGGUGCCUGGGCCAAAGAUACGACUCACACCCCGACACCAACCCACCCGAGUCCACCCAACAACCCUCUUCUCUUCCGACAACCCCUGCUACAACAUCUGCCACCGAAACUAUCUCCUUUGACUCGGCGACGGUCCCUCAGAAAGAAGACGAGUUCGAAACCAUCCAACCCCAGGAAGCUACCAACGAUAAUGCCUGGCCACCUGCCUUUCUCGACGACCUGGAGUCUCGCAUCUGGCUGACCUACCGCUCCAACUUCUCUCAAAUUGCCAAGUCUACCAACCCCGAUGCCUCUUCCUCUCUAUCUUUCAGAACUCGCCUCAUGCAGUUGGGUAACCAGGGAGGCUUCACAAGUGACACUGGCUGGGGCUGUAUGAUCCGAAGUGCUCAAAGUCUGUUGGCAAACACGUUACAGAUACUUGAUCUGGGAAGAGACUGGCGCAAGGGAGAGCAGUCCGAUGCCGAGCGAAGACUAUUGGCUCUGUUCGCAGAUGAUCCUUCCGCUCCCUUUUCUAUACACCGCUUUGUCGAACAUGGUAGCAAGGCCUGUGGCAAGCAUCCUGGAGAGUGGUUCGGUCCAUCAGCAGCCGCUCGGUGCAUCAAGUAUGCUACCUCGUUCCUCUAUAUCCAAGGCACCUUAACUGACCAUCCACAGNNAGCCUUGGUAGAUUUACAUCCUUCUUCUGGGCUGCGAGUCUACAUUCGCCCUGAUGACUCGAGCGUCUACGAAGACAGCCUCAUGACCAUCGCUCGUGCUACCGAUGGCUCUUUCCAACCAACUCUGAUCUUGUUGGGUACAAUGUUAGGCAUUCGUGGUGUGACUCCUUCUUACAGAGAGGCCAUCAAGGCUGCUCUACGUCUUCCUCAUAGUGUCGGCAUCGCUGGUGGCCGGCCGUCCUCAUCGCACUACUUCAUCGGCACCCAAGCUGAUCACCUCUUCUACCUUGAUCCACACACCACGCGUCCUCUGCUGCCUGCCUCUCCUUCCGAAGUCGACAUUGCUUCCUGUCAUACACGUCGCUUGCGUCUGAUACCUCUGGAAGAGAUGGAUCCCUCUAUGCUCCUAGGCUUCCUGAUCCGCAACGAGGAAGAUUGGACCAACUGGAAAGCCGCUAUCGACGCCACUCCACCUACUGGUACUAAGAGCAUCAUCCAUGUCUACAAGGAAGAGCCUUCACUUUCGGGCGAUACUACCGAGGCCGACUAUGAACGUGCCAUUGCCGAAGUACAGAGUUGUGACGAAGACGAGGAAGACGACGCCAUAAUCUGA